UUUACUACCCAUUCAUUGCUCAUCGACUCAUCGGUGGUGCAGUGGCGGUCUAAAGGCGAAUGUCCCAAUGGGAGUACAUCAGUCCCCAGUUCCUUACUUGACACAAUUUGGUGUUAGUUUUGGCAGACAAUGCGUGCCCGAGAAUUCCGCAAAGAACUAGAGUACAUAUUCCUCUUUCAUCAUCACAGCCCAUAAAGCGAGGCCGCAGACGAGUGACCGGAGACGGAGAGCGCAGCAACAUCAUUAAAGUCUGAAUUUUUACCAUUGUUGUCAAAAAAGAAAACUUUCUCCCUUCACUGAAGCCUUUCGUACUCCAGACCUACCUGGAUCCGAUCUAAACUGCCCCCUCUGAACUUCUCAUUGCUCCGUGUUGAUAACUGUAUACAAUUACGCGCUCUGUUGGUCUCGAUCAUCCUGUCAUCAUCCCAAUCAAGAAAACGUUCAAUCUUUAUGUGAAUUUGAUUUGAACUGGUCAAUUAAAGCCGUGAGUUACUGAAGCUAGGGUUCCUCGGGAGAAGGGUGUCAGAUCUCUAGUUGAGGCUUGUAAAAAUCAGGGCUUUUUGAUCUUUGGCAGUGUCUUUUGGAUACGGGUUGUGUGUGUGUGUGUGUAUGAGGAUUUGGGGUUGCUUGUGUUUCGGUGAAGAAGAAGAAGAGCAUAGGGAAGGAAUAAAGGGUAUGCGAGAGGGAAUCUCUGGGUCUGCAAGUAAGGAUAUGGAGAAUGACGAGUCUCAAAACUUCAGAAUAGGUUUUCAGUUGGACGAACAGCCGGUCGAAGAAGUGGAGUUAUUGUCACGAGCUACUGUGGACAAUGCCUAUCACCAUGAGGGGCUUGGGCAUGAUAUAGCAUUUGGUAGUGAGAGUUUGCAAGCUUAUCAUCAAUUGGGAUCAAGAAGCAGUAGUAGCAGUCAUAAUGCUGUGGGCGUUAAUUUGAAUUUGAGCUUGAGUGAUGAGCCUUCUUCCUCAACAGCAUUAAAGCAAGAUAACUCCGAUUCUCAUAAUAAAAGGCCCAAAGUUCAACCCUUUUCACUUGAUUGGGAUAGUCGUUUUCUAGAAGAGUUUCGUUAUAGUCGUCCCAUACAUGAUGUCAGUGACGAGAAUCCACCAAUGUUCACUGCUGUUGAUGACCAAAUAAAUGAUGACAGUUCAGUAGAGGAUUUAGAAGCUCGGAUGUAUCUUACAGAUGACUUAUUGCACAUGGUUUUCUCAUUUUUGGGCCAAAUUGAUCUUUGUCGAGCUGCAAGGGUUUGCAGGCAAUGGAGGGCAUCCAGCUCUCAUGAAGAUUUUUGGCGUUACCUCAAUUUUGAGAACAGGCUCAUAUCCUCUGAUCAAUUUGAAGAUAUUUGUGAUCGUUAUCCAAAUGCCACUGCUGUUAAUUUUUAUGGUGGAGGCACACAUGCUAUUCACUCACUUGCACUGAAAGCAGUUUAUUCUUUAAGAAACCUUGAGGCUCUUACCUUGAGCAAAGGUCAAUUUGGAGAAACAUUAUUCCAAGCUCUACCUGACUGCCAUGCGUUGAAUACCUUAGUCAUUAGUGAUUCUACUCUUGGAAAUGGUAUUCAGGAAAUACCUAUUUACCAUGAAAGGUUGCGUUGCCUUCAGCUUGUGAAGUGCCGGGUACUUAGAGUUUCUGUCAGGUGUCCUCUUCUUGAAAUUUUGUCCCUAAAACGAAGUACCAUGCCCCAUGCUGCUCUAAACUGCCCGCUUUUACGUGACCUUGAUAUAGCUUCAUGUCACAAGCUCUCAGAUGCUGCUAUUCGUUCAGCAGCAACCUCAUGUUCACUCUUAGAAUCCUUGGAUAUGUCAAACUGUUCAUGUGCUAGUGAUGAAACACUGCGUGAAAUAUCCCUCACCUGCUCGAGUCUUCGUGUUCUUGAUGCCUCAUACUGCCCAAACAUCUCUCUUGAGUCUGUUAGGCUUACAACAUUAGAAGUGCUUAAGCUUCACAGUUGUGAAGGAAUUACUUCAGCUUCGAUGUCUGCUAUAGCUUUCAGCUAUACUUUAGAGGUUCUGGAGCUUGAUAACUGCAACUUGUUAACAACAGUGUCUUUGGAUCUUCCUAUGCUAAAAAGCAUAAGGCUCGUGCAUUGCCGCAAAUUUGCUGAUCUGAACCUACGAAGUGAUAAGCUAUCAUCAAUUACCAUUUCUAAUUGUCCUUUGCUCCAGCGAAUUAGCAUCACUUCAAACUCUCUCAAGAAACUGGUGUUGCAAAAACAAGAAUGCUUAAUCACCUUAGCAUUGCAAUGUCCCAGUUUGCAAGAAGUGGACCUUGCUGAGUGUGAAUGCCUGACAAAUUCUGUCUGUGAAGUUUUCAGAGAAGAUGGUGGCUGCCCUAAUCUGAAAUCCUUGGUUCUUGAUAAUUGUGAGGGCUUGACAUCAAUUGAAUUUUCCUGUACUAAAUUGAACACUCUUUCCCUAGCUGGUUGUCGAGGUUUAACAUCACUUGAACUCAGAUGCCCUUAUCUUCAGCAAGUCUCAUUAGAUGGCUGUGAUCAUCUUGAAAGAGCUUCCUUUUGUCCUGUUGGACUUAGAUCUCUUAACCUUGGUAUAUGUCCCAAACUGAGUUUGCUGCAUAUUGACGCACCACAUAUGACAUCACUUGAAUUGAAGGGCUGUGGUGUACUUUCCGAAGCAUCAAUUAAUUGCCCAGUCCUGACUGCUUUAGAUGCUUCAUUUUGCAGCCAACUUAAGGAUGACUGUUUAUCUGCCACAACAAAUUUGUGUCCUCUCAUUAAGUCAUUGGUAUUAAUGUCAUGCCCAUCAGUCGGCUCUGAUGGACUCUUGUCUUUACGCGGGCUUCCAGAUUUGACUUAUCUUGACCUAUCCUACACCUUCCUGGUCAAUUUGCAGCCUGUUUAUGACUCUUGCUUGCAGUUGAGGGUAUUGAAAUUGCAAGCAUGCAAGUAUCUUAGUGAUACAUCUUUGGAACCUCUUUACAAAGAAAAUGCUCUCCCUGACCUGAUCGAGUUGGACUUGUCGUAUGGGACACUCUGCCAGUCUGCCAUUGAGGAAUUGCUUGCUUUCUGUACACAUUUAACCCACGUUAGCUUGAAUGGGUGCAUAAAUAUGCAUGACUUGGAUUGGGGCGGAAAUGGAAUUUCUCAUACAGCGUCGACAUUUGCAUCAGCUGUAUGUGGCAUCCGCAUCACAAACAAACAGCUAACAAAUCGUUUGCUGCAGAAUCUCAACUGUGUUGGCUGUCCUAACAUCAAGAAGGUGGUAAUUCCCAUGGCACGAUGCUUCCUUUUGUCAUCACUAAAUCUGUCCCUCUCUGCAAAUCUGAAGGAAGUCAAUGUUGCUUGUUCCAACUUGUCUUCUCUCAAUUUAAGCAACUGUUGUGCUCUGGAAAUAUUGAAGCUUGAGUGUCCCAGAUUGAGCAACCUAUUCCUUCAGUCUUGCAACAUUGAUGAGGAAGCUGUUGAAGCUGCUAUAUUCGGGUGUACCAUGCUAGAGACGCUUGAUGUCCGCUUUUGUCCGAAGAUAUGCCCAUUGAGCAUCGGGAAGUUGCGAGUUGCAUGCCCCGGCUUGAAACGCAUCUACAGCAGCCUGGCACCCCCUUGAUGCUCAAAUUGCAACUCCACCACGUCUGGGAUCUCCAAUCCAUGCUUUCAUCAAUUUCCAAUUUUCACUUUUGGUUGUUCAAGAUCGAAGGCGUGUCUUCUUAUUAUUUGUGAUUAUCUAAAAAUAGCACUUCUUUCAUGUGCCUUUAUCAAAUUCCAAUAAUGCUUCAUAUUAUUACUAUUACUCGCAACUCGCAAGUCGCAAUGUUGAUUCUUUAGCGACCAAGGGUUUGUAGUUGAUAGAUGUUAUUCAAUAAGACAUAUAUGGCAAAAUAGAAUGCCAAAGUAACCCGAGGUUGUAUUGUAUAUGCAUAAAAGUAUAAAACUUGUAGUCUGUGAAAAUGUACACUGAAAUAUGCAAAACUUUUGUACUUGUACUCUUGUAGUAUAAACAUUCAAAGUUUUGGCUUUCA